UUGUUGGAAAGGAUUACUUAUGUCAUACCUUGUGGGAUAAGUAUCUCGAGUUUGAGUUUUCUCGGCAACAAUGGAGUUCCUUAGCUAAUGUUUAUAUCCAAACUCUAAGAUUUCCAUCCAAAAAGCUACAUCAUUAUUAUGAAAGAAAUUUCUUGUGUAAUCAAAAACUUGGUGAAUGCUUCUACUGGAAUAGAUGGAGCUAAAGCACUAACAAAUUACUUGUCCAUUGGGAAGCAACUUUAUCAUGAGGCGUCCAAGUUGGAUGAGAAAAUACAUCACUUUGAGGCUGGCAUUCGAAGGUCUUACUUUCAUGUAAAGGAGCUUGACAUCAGUCAACUGGAGAACUGGCAUGAGUAUUUAAACUUUGUAGAGAUGCAUGGUGAUUUUGAUUGGGCUGUUAAACUUUAUGAGAGAUGCCUAAUUCCAUGCGCUAACUAUCCUGAGUUUUGGAUGCGAUAUGUGGAUUUCAUGGAAAGUAAGGGUGGAAGAGAGAUAGCAAACCUUGCACUGGCCCGAGCUACAGAAAUUUUUCUUAAGAGAAUGCCAGUGAUCCACCUUUUCAGUGCUAGGUUUAAGGAGAAAAUAAGGGAUGUUUCAGGUGCACAUGUAGCACUUCUACAUUAUGAGACAGAAUCAGAUCUUAGCCUUGUUGAAAUUGUAUCAAUAAAAGCUAACCUGGAAAAGCGAUUGGGCAACUUUGUAGCAGCUUCUAAUACAUACAAAGAGGCAGUGGAAAUUGCUUCUGCAAAGCAAAAGUUUGCCAUUCUUCCCAUAUUGUAUAUUAAUUUUUCACGACUUCAAUACAUGAUUACGAGUGACAGUGAUGCUGCUAGAGACAUCUUAAUAGAUGGUAUUAAAUGUCUGCCUCAUUGCAAAGUGCUGUUGGAGGAACUGAUAAAAUUUGGCAUGAUGCAUGGAGGGCCUAAGAACAUACAUGUGUUAGAUGCUAUAAUAAAUGAUGUGAUAUCUCUAGGGCCAUCUCAAGGUAUGGAUUCAAAAGAAGCAGAGGAGAUAUCAAGCUUAUAUCUACAGUUUGUUGAUCUUUGUGGAACCAUGGAUGAUAUAAGAAAAGCAUGGAAUCGUCACAUAAAGUGUUUUCCUGAUUCUGCAAGGAUGAGAACUUACAAGUUUUCCGUUGUUAAUGGUAUAAAACCUAUAUCCUUGAUGAUGACUGCUGUCAGAAGACAAGAAAGCCCUGCUUUUUUGCCUUCACGUCCAUCUGGAGACGGAAGUUCAGACAUCUCAGUUCAGUCACCAUCUCAAGACAAGAUAUUGGAACCUCCUAACGUUGAUGAUGCCCAGCCUUACCAUGAUGCCUUGGACUGUGUAUCAGACAAGAAAUCACCAUUGUUGGAAGAUCAUGAAAUUCCCCUUUACAAGGCUACGGUCAACAAGCUUCAAUCAGGAGAAGUUGAUGAACGAUUGCAGGGGGAAAUGCAGCAGAGUUCGCAGGAUGUUUCAAAGCAUCUCAGAGAAGACAUAAAAGCUAAUACAAAUAUUUCAUCUUAUAAUUUAAUAUGUGAUAAAGUGGAAAAGGUAGUUGAAGCAUUAGAAACUUCAGAAGAACAUUCUAAGGAAGAUAAUUUCCAGCCAGAGCAUGAUCAUAAAUCUGAACAAGAUGUAAACGGACUUCCUUUGGAGAGACUUUCAUUGGGUCAUCUAGAUCGUGAGGCUUCGGAUUCAAUCAGUAUGGCAAAUCAAGGUGAAACUUCUGUAGAAACCAGCUUAUCAAAUGAAAGCAUGAUGAAAAAAGAACCUCCUCAAGAAACCAGCAAGCUCGAUGGAGUUACACCAGAGGGCCCUCAAAGUAAUGGUGGAGGUAAUCUGGAAUCUGGCCCAAGGAAUGCUCAAGCAUCUGAUUUUGCUGGAAUUCAAACUGAAAUGAUAAGUCCUUCAUCUUUGGCAAGUCAGCAGAACAUGAAGAAAACAGAGCCACUUUUGCGAAGUACGCCUCCAGAUGAUGGUGGAAGUUGGAAUCAAAGGAUUAGUGCUGACGGAGUUCAUCGAGCAAAUAAAUCUGGCCAUAGAAGGCACUCUCAUAAAAGGCUGCAUCAAAGGCAACAAAUGUCUCCAAAAAGGCAGUAUCCACGAAAUGAAACUGGCACACAAGUGCCUAUGACUCGAGGUUACCCCAGUCAGUCUAUGCAUUCACAGAUCCCACAAGUUCAACAAGGUGACCAAUCACAGAGUCAGUACCCCACAUCAACUGCUUAUCCUAAUUUAGCUACAGUUCCUACCUGGUCUAUGCAGAAUAUGAACCAACAGAACUUUGCCCCAAGUCAGAUUCCCCUAGUUCCCCAACCUGCUUAUCCUCAACCACAGAUCCCUCAACAUCCCAUGCAAAGCAAUGAGCAACUUGUGCAAAUGCAGAAUAAUCAAGCAUAUAAUCAAAUGUGGCAAUAUUAUUACUACCAACAGCAACAGCAGCAAUUUUUAUUGCAGCAACAGCAACAGCAACAGCAGCCCCAGCAGCCCCAGCAGCAGCUUUUACAGCAACAGUAUCAACAACACCAACAGCUGCUGCAAGUGCAACAACAAUUUCUUCAACAGCAAUCAUUACCAUAUCAGCAGCCACAGCUUCAGCAGCAACAACAAUUUAUUCAACAUCAGCCUCAACAGUAUCUUCAGCAGCAGCAGCAGCUUCGGCCGCUAGGCUCUUAUCAGCAGCAAUUUCCACCACCAAAUCAUCAUCUUUACUUGCAGCAGCAGCAAGAACAAGAAAAAAGACAAGAAGGGCAGAUCACAACAUCUCAGGUUCAGAUGCAGAGUGACUUGAGCAAAGAGGAAUCCAUGAUGGAACCAGGUCGACAAACAACAUUGCAGGGCCAAGAUACAUUGCCUAGCAGGAAUGAUGCAUCUGAAACUGUAUUAUCCGCAAUAUCUCCCAAUGCCCAGCGAUGAUAUUGAGUCAAAGUGAUGUGCUGGUGCGGUGUUAUCUCCUGUACUAGGGAUGGUUACUGUUAGGUGUCCUAACUUAAAUGGCUAUAAAACAUGAAACUUUUUGU